GAGAGUAAGAGAGAGAGAGAGAGAGAGAAAGAGAGAGAGACACUCAGAGAGAGAGACUCUGAGAGAGUUUUGCUGCUGAAGUAAAGUCGAGUUACUAGGAAGCAGAAAAUGGGACCAGCUGCCACCUCGCUCGCUCUGCUGUGUUUGUGCUCUCUGAGUGUGUGUGUUCCUACGGGGACGGCCGACGCCACGCCAGACCAGGCAUCCCUGCCAGAGGUGAAGAAGGCGAGAGGGGACGUUCCUGAUAUUCUUCCAGACCCUGAACCAGAGCCAACCAGCCCAGUGUCAGACUUUGAAAACUCAUACAACUAUGUGUUGUCCAGACUAGCCAGCAUGGACCAGGCCAUCCACAAGCUGAACGUUGGCCACUACACGCUGGACGUUAAAGUCAGCCAGUUACUGGACCGGCUGACCAGGGUGGAUGCCAGGGUAGUGGAGCUGGAGGACAGCAUCCAGGAGGUCUACCGGCACAGCAAGGACAACCGCAAGGAGAUGGGACGACUGGAAGGUUGCCAGAAGGGCCGCAGGAUAGGAUACAAAUGCUAUCUAGUAUACAACAGCUACGAGGACUACGCCGGGGCGUCCAGGAAGUGCCUGGAGCGCGGCGGGCGCAUCGCAAUGCCGCGCGACCGCAAGGAGCAAGAGGCCCUCGCGGACUACGUCAAGUCCUUCUUCCACCCGGGGAACUGGCCCGUCUGGCUGGGCAUCAACGACCUGCGGUCCGAGGGCACGUACCUCUUCGACGACGGGACCCGGGUCUCGUACUUCCAGUGGCGCAGACACUUCCUGUCCAGCCAGCCGGACGGAGGGCGGCGGGAGAACUGCGUGGCGAUGUCGUCGGACGACGGCGACUGGUGGGACCACUACUGCGACCGGACCAUGAACUACCUGUGCGAGUUUGAUGACAGGGUGGCACUUUAAAACUAACUCCUCGUCCCGCCUUAAACUCUGACCUCCAGUUGUUCAUUAGAAAUA